UCUGUCUCUGUCUCUCUCGCUCUAUAAAAGUUGUUUAAAAGUCUCUAUCUCUCCGCUCGCUCGCUCGCUCGUGCGCAGCGCUGCAAGGACCGCCUCAACUCGCUCGCCAUCUCCGUGAUGAACGCGUGGCCCGGCGUGAAGCUGCGCGUGACCGAGGGCUGGGACGAGGACGGCCACCACUCGGACGAGUCGCUGCACUACGAGGGCCGAGCCCUCGACAUCACCACGUCGGACCGCGACCGCGCCAAGUACGGCAUGCUGGCGCGCCUCGCGGCCGAGGCGGGCUUCGACUGGGUCUACUACGAGUCCAAGUCGCACGUGCACUGCUCCGUCAAAGCCGAGAACUCCAUCGCGGCCAAGAGCGGCGGCUGUUUCCCCGGCGACUCGCGCCUCUUCACGGAGGGCGGCGGCUCCAAGAGGCUGAGCGACCUGCGGCCCGGCGAGCGCGUGCUGGCGGCGAGCGGCGGCGCCGCCUCGACGCCCGCCUACAGCGACCUCCUCCUCUUCCUCGACCGCGAGCCCCGCCAGCGGCGCCGCUUCGUCGCCCUGGAGACGGAGGGCGGCGGCCGCCUUCUCGUCACCCCGUCGCACCUCGUGUUCGCCGCGCCCGGAGACUCCGGCGGCGGCGGCGGCGGUGGGGCCCCGGAGGAGCGCGCCGUGGCCCUCUUUGCCAGCCGCGUGCGGCCUGGCAUGUUCGUCUUUGAGCUGGCGGGUGCUCUUGCUGAUGCUGCUGCUGGUGUUCUGCUGCCGCUGGCUCAGCUGCAGGUUUGGCCGCUGGCGCUGCCGGUGCUGUCGGUUCGGCUGCUAAUUCAACUGCGAGUGUUGCCGCCUGUUCCGAUGACGGCGCCGGCGCUAGCGCCGCCGUCGCUGCUGCGGGAUCGGCCGCCGCUGAUGCCGGCGCCGCUGACGGAACGCUACGGCUGCGCCCGACGCGUUCCAUCCUCUCGCGUGGCCGCGCAUGAGCAGCUGAGGAGCCAGGAGGAGCCAGGAGCCAGGAGCCAGCAGCAGCAGCGGCGGCAGGAGGAGGAUGAGGGUCCAUUGCUCCCGGGCAGACCCACCAUCCCCAUCCCCUCUUGUUCACUCGCCUCCGCGCUCCACGUUCCUCGCGCUCGCCCAACAUCUCCUCCUCCGUUCGAGCACCAGACCAAGUCGUCGGACUGCUGCACGCUCCUCAUGGCGAUUGGUACGGUUAUCCGCUCGUCGGCACCGCAUUUGUAUUACGCCGUGAAGCUCUACUCCGGGCAUCCUCGUGGCAGCGGCUGCAGAGGGCAGCGGCAGCAGCAGCAUCUGCAGCAGAAUCAGAUGCAGCAGCUGUAG